AUGGAGGCGCUUGCUGCCUUUGGCGUCGCUGCCAAUGUCGUGCAGUUCCUCGAUUUCGCAACAAAGCUCUGCGUCACUUCUGUCGAGAUCUACCGCGGCGUGCACGGUGCUUCCGCUUCCAACGCCCAAGCGGAGGUGCUGUUGAAAAGCUUCAUUGACACGAUAGACGAGGUCUCGUCCGAUUUAGGCCAGUAUUCUGUUGCUCUCAGCACUUCGUCGAAAGAAGCCAGCAGGCGAGACGAAGCCCAGAUCGGCGCCAUAAUAUUGGACUGUCAGAGCGUGGCCGAGGAUCUCUUGCAGCGAUACCAGAAGCUGAAGUCGGGCGGGAGCCCUGGGAAAUGGAGAAGCUUUGUUUCAGGCGUCAAAUGCAUGUGGAAACACCAAGAGCUGGAAGCGCUGCAGAGGCGGCUAAAGCAGAAUCGGGACGAGUUGGAGUGGCGCGUCCUUCUAUCCUUGAGGGAAAGCUUGAAUCUGCUUGCAUCGAGGCAAGAAGACCAGUUUCGGGAGUUGCAGUCUGCCAUGAUUGCCAAACUGACCGAGGCCAUUGACCGGCAGAUGUCGACCCUGCCGCGGUGGCCCCAAUCGACGGAGAUAACACAACAGGAGCUACGGAACGACUCGAUCGCCAUGACUGCAUCGCGCUACAAGCAACCCGAGAAGUCGGCGCUGCGAAAGGCUGACAUCCCUGCGGGCCAUCAUGCGGAUCCGGACGGGGAUUCCUUUGCCGAUGAGUACGCGAUGGUUUACGCCGCCAAACUGGCCGAACUGGAAGAGCAGCAGUGGAGAAGUCUUUGGUUCCCCGUCAUGGAUGAUCGCGAAGACCAGAUCGCCCUUGCAGAGCUGAGGACCUUUGACUGGAUAUUGCAGGCCCCCCAGGGCAAGCGACAUACCUGGGACAGCUUCAUUGACUGGCUCGAGCGAGGGGGCGCUAUCUACUGGAUCAACGGGAAGGCCGGAUCAGGCAAAUCGACACUGAUGAAAUACCUCAAACACCAUAGCAUGGUGCAGAAGACACUCGCAUCCUGGGCGGGAUCCACUUCACUCAUCACCGCAAGCUUCUUCUUUUGGUACAACGGCAACACUCUACAGAAGACCCAAGAAGGCCUACUCAGGUCUUUACUCUACCAAGCUCUCGAGAACCACCGCGAGCUCAUUCCCCUGGUGCUCUCGGAAGCCGUUGAUGUGCCCGUUCGUGAUCUCGCACAUCAUUGGACACUGCCCCGGUUGAAGUGUGCAUUCAGGAAGUUGCUGCAACAGAAGGAAGUGCCUGUCAAGCUGUGUUUGUUGAUUGACGGCCUGGACGAGUACUCUGGCGACCACGCCGAAAUUGCAGCAGUCUUCCGCCACGCUGCCAACUUUGACCACGUUAAGGUCUGCGUCUCCAGCAGGCCCUUUCUCGUAUUUGACAAAAGCUUCAAGGGGUUUCCGGGGCUAAUGUUACAGAACCUGACUUUUGAUGAUAUCCAGACCUUCGUCAAGAAGAAAUUCAACGACGAUCCCAGGUUCAAGGAGCUCGAGGUCGAAGAACCGGGCCUGGCCCCGAGCCUUGCGCUCCAGGUAGUCAACAAAGCGUCCGGGGUCUUUCUCUGGGUAAAAUUGGUCGUCCACUCCCUUUUGGAAGGAAUUCAGAAUUACGAUAGGGGGAUUGACCUGGAGAGGCGACUACAUGAGCUCCCAGACGACCUGACCGAAUUAUAUUGGCACAUCCUGGACCGGGUAAGGCCGGUCUGGUAUCUGGAAGAGGGAUUUAAAAUGCUCCUCUUGGUCCACACCGCUGUCAUGCCUCUCACGUUGCUGCAGCUUGCUUUCGCUGACAUUGAAGCCCCUACAUGUCAAGAUGGCAGGGGUAAUAUGUCUGUUGAAAGGCAGAACGUCAUGUGUAAAAGCAUGGCUGGAAGGAUUAAGAGCCGAUGCCUUGGUCUGGUCGAGGUCACAGACCUCACCUGCCGCGACGAGAAAUAUCGCCGUGUUCAAUUCUUGCACAAGAGUGUCAAGGAUUUCAUUGACACACCCAAGAUGAUGACUAGAAUCCAGCAUUGCCUUUCAGACAAGGAACCAUUCGUGCCCGAAAUUGCCAUUAUCCGGGCGCUUUCGGUCGAACUAAUGACCCUACGAACUCGGCUGCGCAAGAAUCAGUUCUGUGAAGAGGGCGGAUUGACUCGCGAAGCUUGGUACGACGAAGUACGUCCAGUUGCACUGGAAGCUGUUUGCUACGCCGCCGUGGCGCAAUCCAGAAACCCCAAGGCUCGUAAGACUUACAGACCUCUGAUUUUGCAGAUCCACAACAUGACUGCAGAACUAUGGGAGUCUGUCAACUUCAGAGGUGCUAGGGAAACCGCGAGCUUGGUGCAUUGGUCUGACAUACCCCGAAAGCCUUUGGACAACGACCCAACGGUGGGAGAUGUCAAUCUUGAGCCCCCCUCACGUCAGGUCCAAUCCAACAACCAAGCUUACAGUGCUGAAGCUAUUGGAACUCUUCUGCUGGAUAACGCGACUGCCUUCUCCGUGUCCCCUGAGGACAAUUUGAUGGCUCCUCUACCACCCCAACCCGAAGGUCCGACUCCCGCGCGAGUUCCCCUUGUACGAUUUUUCAGGCCCCAUUCCUUUCCGGGAGACGAUGACGAUGACGAGCGUCCAAGGAAAGACUGGCCACCCAGGGAUGUUUGGUCCUCAUUGUUUAAGCUCGCUAAAAUCAAUGCCACGAUCGCAUCAGAGUUUGAAGGCUUUAUUCGGAAUUUAGGCAGGGAAGACCAUGGCUCUGACGGAUUUCUGCGCGCCGACGACUCUAAGGGGGCUUACCAAAUCUUCGACAGUAGCAUAGUCCAAGAUACAGACCCUCUGACAAGCGAGAGGCGAUUGCAGAAGGCAAUGCAGUCGGUCCGGAGCAUAUUGACACCUUUGUUGUCGAGGAGAUCACGACAACGCGAAAAGCAGAACAGGUUAUGCUAA